UUAGAGCGGCAGCUACCAUAGUAAUUAAUUCAUCAAUGGCCAUAUCACAUAUGUAUCUAGUAUGGUUAAUUAAAAAGUUUUCUAGUAGAGGUGAGAGUUCAGAUUGGUUAAACUAUUGUGGAUAAUGAGGAAAUGUUGAGACAAAUUCCUGAAAACAGUAUUCAAUAUGUCGAUGCUCCUAUGACUAUUUAUAUGUAUAUUUUAAAUUAAUUCAUAGAGGGCAGUGAAGACCAGUAGGAGUAGUACUGCUGUAUUCAAUAUUAUCUUCUUCUUCGUCUUAAGAUCUUAGAUCUGCAGAAUGGGGUCUGGUCAUGAUCACCAUCUUCCUCAGGAGAGUCUGAAAAUCAAGGAGGAGGGUAGGUUCUUUUCAAGGCUUUUGUCCAAGGAAAGCUCCAUGGCGAACUCAUCUUACCGGGUUUUGUACUAUGCGGGAGCCUCUGGUGCAGUUCCGUUCAUGUGGGAGAUUCAGCCUGGUACACCAAAGCACACAUUGUCUGAUACUUCUCUUAUUCCUCCUCUCACACCUCCUCCUUCCCAUCAUUCAAAUUCUAAUAAGGCUGAUCAGAAGUCCAGGCAAAGGCUUUCAAAACUCGGCUUUUUGUUCGCCUUCUUCCCAAGACUUUCUUUGAGGAAGGCGCUUGCCUCGCCAUCAUCAUCGUCAUCUUCAUCAUCUUCAUGGUCCUCCAUGGCAUCAUCAAACCCUUCGCGGUCUACUAAUUCAGUACUGAAGUCAAAUUUUCAUGGAGGCUGCUGUUUCUUGGGUCGUCCCAAGUCCGGCCUCCAUUUUGGUGUGGAUGAUGAUGAUGAUCAUGUUUUCCAUUCGCCUACUUCGACUUUGCAAUUUGGUGUCAGAAGUGGAGCUGCUUCCAGAUUCAGUGGCAAAAUCAAACCAAGGUACUGCUUAGAGAAUUAAACCUAUGUCAUGUUGAUUAAUAUUUGGUUAGUUAUCAGUUUAGCAUCAAUUUCAGUUUGUUAAUCACCUGGUGCAAAUUAAAAUGUACUGUAUGUUCAAAUAUCUAGUUGAUUAAUAAUAUAGAUCAUUUUUAUUAUCAA